AUGACAUCGGCAACAACAAAUGUAUUCGAUCGACCAGAACUACUUGAUAAUCAAACUCGAUUGAUUCUCUCCGCUCAUGUUAAACCAAAACGACUUGUACGUAGUGCAACGCGUUCAGCAGGACCCUCCAGUACACAUUUUGAUUCAGACCUACCUAUGGCUUCCUCUUUCACACCAGAGAUCAAUGAUGAUAGCCAUGAAGAUAUGCAACUUUCGGUUCAAAAUACUCUUAAUUACGACACAGAUAUCGAACAAGAGGAAGAGCCUAAAAAAGACUUUUCCUGCAAAGGUUUGUAUUUAGAUCAAUGUCAUCGUCAUGGUGUCAUUCCAUCCACAUAUUUCUUGCGACAUAUUGAUAAUAAAAGCUUAACUAUUCGUUACUCAGGUUUAAAACCAAUCAAUAUUAAAGUGAUGAUACCGUCGUUGAAAAUGAAUGCCAAUAUUACAAAAUUAGAUUUGAGAGAUAAUGGUUUAGGAUCCAACGGUGCAACUUAUAUUGCGCAAUUAAUUGAGGAUAAUGGAUUUAUCACAGAAUUAAAUCUUGCUGACAAUGAUAUCGGUUUGCAAGGAUGCAUAGCAUUGUGUUCAGUUCUACGUUCGAAUCGAACAGUGCGAACGCUGUAUCUUGAUGGAAAUCGUUUUCACGAUGAAUGUGCACCGCACUUUGCUGAACUCUUCGUGCACAAUGACUAUAUAAAAUAUCUAAAUUUAAAUAAGAACUACUUCGAGAAUGAAACAACUGGUCGUUUAUUUGGUCAAGCAUUAGCGGAAAAUCAGACCAUGGAAGAAUUCUCCCUUGCAUGGAAUCGUCUACGUUCAAAAUCAUGUACAUAUUUGAUCAAAUCUCUCGCAUCGAAUGCAUGUUUGACAACAUUCGAUCUGUCAUGGAAUGGAGCUGGUGUGUUAACUGCUAAGGCCAUACUAGAAUUCUUCAAAAUCAAUUCAACGUUAGAAAUAUUUCGAUUGGACAACAAUCAAUUGAAUACAGAAUGUGCUACGUACAUCGGACAAGGUUUAGCGCAUAAUGAAACCGUAAAAGUAUUAACACUGAAUGGCAAUCCUCUCGAAUCAAGUGGAUGUUAUGCUGUUCUACGUUCGUUAAUGAAGCAUCCAAAUUCACAACUUCAAAUCCUUGACUUACGUGGGAUUAUUGUAAAUAAAGAUUUUAUUGAAUUAACAUCAGAAAUCUCGACAAUUUUACCACACUUGACCGUUAAACUAGGCAGAGAACGAGAAUGUACGAUUUAA